AUGAGAGACAACAUGGUAACAGCAACUGUGUCACAAAUGUCCAAUUCACGGCCACUAACUCAAGCGGAGUUAGAAGAAAUUGUUGCAAAUAUAAGCUAUCAAGGAUACUGUGCUUCUGGCUAUGGCGGUGAUGAUGAUGCAGAGGAUGACUUGCCACCUGAAACCCCCACUUCAUCCAGAUCAUCUUCAGUACGAUUGUCUUCAGGUUCACCUGCGGUUCUUCUUGAUUCUCAGCCUGGUCCAUCGUACACAACUGGCUUGAGAAAAAAAUUACUUGCAGGGAUUCCGCCACAAAGUAUGACUGAGAGCGAAGAUGAGGACUACCAUGAUUCCGAUGCAGACCCGGACUUCGAUCCAAAUGAUCCACCAAAUAAAAUUGCCAAGUUUUUUCCUCAGGAUAGUAAACUGUCCUCCGAGGAUGAGGACGAAAACGAAAUAUCUUCUGCGGAAAUUAUUAGACAGAGGCCUAUUUGGUUGUGGAACUGUAAGGCAGAACAGAAAGAAUUUCCCAAAACAGAUAAGGAAUUAUCUCAAAACCAAUCAGAUUCGGUUGCCUCGGGAGAAAUAUCUGUAUACAAAUGGAAAGAUCGGGGUGUCAAAUGCGUAGCUGUUGCUAGUAAUCGACAUAACUUCCUGGAAAAAACAGAAGUUUUACGCACCAACAAAAUAGGUCAACGGGAUAAUGUAACGUGUCCCAAAGCUAUCGCGGAUUAUAACAUCCAUAUGGGAGGCGUUGAUUUGUUCGACCAAUAUCAUGAAAAUUAUUCCACAUCAUGGAAAUCCCGACGGUGGUGGAUAAAAUUUUUUUAUUACUUACUAGAUGCUUCAAUAGUAAACAGUUAUGUUCUCUACAAGAAAACACUUAAAUCAAAAAACCCUAGUGCAAAACCCCUAACAGCUUUACAGUUCCGUAGCGAACUAGCGAAUGAACUUAUUGGAACAUUUACUCAAAGAAAAAAGGCCGGACCUGAAAAAACGGAAACGCAAUCGAAUAUAGGUUCCCAUCUUGCAACUAAAGGAACGUAUCGCCGCUGUGUACUGUGCAGUUCUUCAAAAAAGAAAUAA